CUUUUUAUUUCAUGAAUAAUUAUUUUCCAAUCAUUUUAAAUUGACGUAUGAUAUUAUUUGUUUCUUAUAACCAGUUAAAAAUAGUAGAAUCAUAUUAGUUCUACACUUAUCCAACGGUAGUUCACAAGAUCACAUAAUCAUUCAUUGUGUUCAUUGUUCAAUAAAUAAUCAAACGAAUCUUUUUUGUGUGGCUGAGAAAUGCGUUUAUAUUUAACUAUAUUUGCUUUAUACACAUCUUAUCUUGUACUUGCUCAAGAAGAUUAUACUAAACCUGAUGAUGAAUCGGAUGAAGAUCCAUGUGAAAAUGUCAAAUGUAAAUUGGGUGAAAUAUGCAAAGAAGGUAAAUGUAAUUGUUUGGAUAGUUGUCCGUCAGAAUGGAAUAGUUAUAAUCGACAAUUAUGCGUCGAUGGUGUGACAUAUCGACAUGAAUGUGAUCUAUGGAGAAAUCAGUGUUAUUGUCGAUCAGGUGAUUCAAGAUGUGGCAGUGAUCAAUUUAGUAAUCAUAGAGCAAAUGAAAAUUCUGCAAUAAAAUAUUAUGAUGAAUGUCGUGAUCUUAGCGGUUUAUGUGACUGGGAUCAGAAUGAAAGUACAUUUUCUCUUCGGCUUGGAAUGUGGUUUCAAGAGUUACUACGUCAGAAAUGGUCUUCUGCAUCUUGGUCAAAUGAUGAUGAUAGUCUUCUUCGUCCAAUGGAUGCUAAAGCAAGAAGUACAACAAGUAAAUUAGUAUCACAAAGUUCACCUCAUGAAAAAGUUAAUGGAGCUGUAAUUAGUUAUUGGUUUUGUGAACUUGAUCGAAGGAAUAGAGGAUCAUUACAACAAGAUGAUUUGAACUAUUUAUAUCAAUUAUUAUUACCUUCAACACCAUGUUUAGAAGUAUUUAUCAAUCGAUGUUCCGGUUCUGGUGGAAUAUCAUUUGACCAAUGGCAUAAUUGUUUUGAUAUACCCCAAGAAGAACGUGUUCAAUGUAGCGAAUUCAAAUGAACAAAAUGAACUAUUUAUUGAUCAUUGAACGGAGACUACUAGAAAAACUGAUUGAAAAUAAAACAAAAAAUAACUGCUUUUUUCAUUUACAAAAAAACAUAAUGAUAUGCAGUAUAACUGUGAAAAAUGUUAUUUAUUCAAUAAAUUAUUUUAAAUGAAAA